AUGUUAUUUUGUAGCAAUUGUUUCAAGUCUUGUCAUAGUUACUCAAAGAGGACUUCUCCAGCUCGAACCCCUGUGGUGCAGCAACGCCCGAAGACCUACCGCAUAGUCAUCCGGCCUAAAAAGACUACCUGCCACACUUGUCCUGGAUGUAAAGUUUUAUGCUCAUCUGAUGAUGCAUUACUCAACCACUACAUUAAACUACAUGUGCGAUCCAUCACCAAUAAAUCUAGUCAUCCGGUUUCAAAGAGUGUUCAAGAAGAGUCUGUCCUCCGUGGAGUGAAGCCUAUUGUCUGUGAAGAGGCGACCAGUUGUAAUAAAGACAAGGGAAAGCCAGACCAGUUUGCCAGAGCUGAAGGAUUGUUCAUCGCAGACGAUGUUGACAUCUCUCAACGGAAACUUAUUUUAUUAAAUGAUGUUGAACAACACCCUGGACCAGUGUACUCCUGCAAGUGGUCAUCCUGCAAUGUUAAGUGUACAACAAUUGGAUUUUUAGAUGCACACACCGUAUCACACACCACACGUGACAAAAUUUGCAGAUGGGACAACUGUACAGAACUGACUAGGAACAAUAAUCUUGAAAUCCAUGCCCUUCAACAUCUUUAUAAUGACCAGACGAUAUUUGGAGCCCUUGAUGACUGGCUGUCAGUGUUAGGAGAUCAGAAGCUGCAAGAAACAACAAAUCUGGUGUUAUGUUCAAAGCAUUUGGUAACAUUUUAAUUUGAUUUAUUAUAAUUUGGAUUUUAAGUUUAAUUUCAGGUUUCACUUUGUGUUAAAUAUGCACUUAAGUAACCUAAAAAAUAUAUUAUGUUGUAUUGUUAUUGAUAUUUAAAGGGACAUGGGCAAUGAAAACAAAGUUACUGUGAAAUCAAACUGGAAACGGUACUAUGUUAAAACAAUCAUUAAAGCGGUGCUAAAGUGACGUCACAGCUCUUAAAAUUUAAAAGUUAUAAUGGUUACUGAAAGUACAUGUGGUGUUUUCAUUUUGAAUUUAUUGGUCCAUAUAUUUGUAUUGGUCACUUUUUGACAUA